AUGGCCCCGAGUUGCUGGUUCUUCUGGGCCUUGUGGCUACCACUGAUGCUCACGGUCACGGUGGCUCUGGAACAAAGGGGAGGCUGCUCGGAACCGGCCAAGCGCUGCGGCAACCUCACCAUCUCCGACCCAUUCUGGCUCACUGACUUGGAUGACUUGGAGACCGGAAGAUCAUGUGGUUCCUUGGACUUUCAGGUCGUUUGUUAUAACAACACUUCUCCUUCUCUACAGAGCUCUACAUUCUUAGGCUUCGGCUUUGGAAUCCUCAAUAUCUCUUACGAGGAGCACAGCUUGCAUGUCGUUGAUCUAGGCAAGUUUGAAUUGUUGCACGCCUCCAACAGCUGCCAUGUACGGAUCUGGAAAACCUCCAUCAAACUGGCCCGCGUGUUUAGGAUCGACCCCGCCAACAUGAACCUCAUCCUGUACAAUUGCACAGAGAAGGUGGCCAGGGCACGUCGAGACAGGGAGCUGGUUCAGACGAGGAUGAGGUGCGGGAAGGAGAGCAAAGUGUUUGUCCGUGCCGCUGGGCGCUAUAAUGAAACGAGUGACUAUGGCGACUAUGAGGGCUGCGACGCUACCGUCAUGCCAGUGUUCGGCUCUUCGUCGGGCGAGGUGAACGCGAGGGACUACCAGCGGCUCAUCAACGAUGGGUUCCUCUUGACAUGGGAUGAACCUCCUCCCCUUGCAGGUAAGCUCACCCCUCAAAUCAUUUUUUAACAAGUUCGUAGCUAAGCUCCAACGUGCAGUGCCUUUAUUUGGAUUUCCGUUAUGGAACCAAGCAAUCAAUCAUGUCACUCACUUAUUACUCGUAGCUCAACCAUGAGUAAUUACUGAUACUCACAGUUUGCAUUACCAAGAAUUUAUAAAAUUAUCAUGGGAUGCUGAGAGAGAAAUAUAG